AUGGGGGCGGAGAAGGGCGGAUCGAGGCUUGCGUUCGAGGGACAGGCGAUCGUGUGGUGUACGUCUACUGUACCUGGCUACACGGUGGGAGGACGUCGAGGGAGGUUUCCGGAUUAUGCCACAAAAUCCGGGGUUCGCUGGUUGAGCCACAAAGCCAUGCAUCGUACCGAGACGCUCGUGCGGCGUGCGUUGGCCGAAGAUGGAAAUUCUGGCGAUCGCGAUACGAUUUCGGAUGGUCGUGCGGCGACAUCGCGAGGAUCACAUCGCGGAGAUGGAGGGAUCGCGGACAUCGCGGAAUUUGCCAUGGAGGACAUAAUUGGAAUUUACGCCCCUACGUUGGAUUUAUUUAGCGUAGGGGGUUAUAUGAAAAUAGGUCGUGCCACCCUUUGGAGAUAUAAAUAUGUGGCACCUAGGGUUGAGAAGGGUACGACGUUUUGGACUCCCGGCGAGUUACUAUUCAUGCGUGAACAGUACCCCGUGAACAAUACUCGUGCCCCGGGGUUCCACGGUUCAGUAUUCCUCUCUCCGGUCUAG